AUGGGGGCACUGCUGUCCCUUCCCCAGCUUGGGAGGGCCAGGCAGAGGCCAGCCAGGGGGCUGUGUCCGGCGGGAGCUGCAGCCCCGGCUCAGGUGACGUUCCUCUCGCAGGAGCAGUUCCUGCAGGAGCGGAUCAAGGUGAACGGCAAAGCGGGGAACCUGGGCGGGGGCGUGGUGACCAUCGAGAGGAGCAAGAGCAAGAUCACGGUUACGUCGGAGGUGCCGUUCUCCAAGAGGUACCUGAAGUACCUGACCAAGAAGUACCUGAAGAAGAACAACCUGCGGGACUGGCUGCGUGUGGUGGCCAACAGCAAGGAGAGCUAUGAGCUGCGCUACUUCCAGAUCAACCAGGACGAGGAAGAGGAGGAGGAGGAGGAUUGAGCCCUGCUGCCGACAGCCAUUUUGUACAGUUUUGCUUUUCUGGAAUAAACAGCGGCAGAGUUGUUCAUA